GGAGAGGGAAGUGUGUUCUGUCGAGUAGACGAUCUCCGCGGAUGUAAGCCCCUCCCCCUCUGCAGUGACUAGCUGUCCUAAAAGUCUCCAUCUGCUGUCCUCAUCGAGAGCUCGUCCAGCAAGUCUAGUGUUUGGAACACUUCUAGCCAGUCAACAUGGGAAAUGAGGCCAGCUACGCCCUGGACAUGUGCUCGCACUUCGACGCUGAUGAGAUCAAGCGUCUGGGCAAGAGGUUUAAGAAACUGGACCUGGACAACUCGGGCUCUCUGAGUGUGGAGGAGUUCAUGUCUCUGCCAGAACUGCAGCAGAACCCUCUGGUCCAACGCGUCAUCGACAUCUUUGACACUGACGGCAACGGCGAGGUGGACUUUAAAGAGUUCAUUGAAGGCGUCUCGCAGUUCAGCGUGAAAGGAGACAAGGAACAAAAGUUACGAUUCGCCUUCAGGAUCUACGACAUGGACAAAGAUGGCUACAUCUCCAACGGCGAGCUGUUCCAGGUGCUGAAGAUGAUGGUGGGCAACAACCUGAAGGACACGCAGCUGCAGCAGAUCGUGGACAAGACCAUCAUCAACGCCGACAAGGACGGCGACGGCAGGAUAUCCUUCGAAGAGUUCUGCGCGGUGGUGGGCGGCCUGGACAUUCACAAAAAGAUGGUGGUGGACGUGUGACGGCCUUCCUCGCCCGGUCCAGUGAGGAGCCCCUCCCCUGACUCCGCCCCCUCACAAAGCCAAACUUUGACAGCCAACAGGACGUCGGACGGCGUUUGUGGCAUGUGUGCGUGUGUGUGUUUUGUAUUUAUUUGGAGGAGGUGUGUGUGCCAACAGGAAGUGUGUGUGUGUGUGUGUGUGUGUGUGUGUGUGAAGCUAAUCAAGACUUAAACUGGCAUGUGUUCCUUCUGUGUGUGUGUGUGUGUGUGUGUGUGUGUGUGUGCACGUGGGCGUGCACGUGGGCUGACAAGUUCUAGUGGUGUACAAAAAGCUGAUGUUUUUUUUUUUUUUUUUCUCUCCUGCUGAGGUUUUCUACUCGUCGCCGUGCAGCUGAAGUGCUCUGCCUGCUGCUCGCAUGUCGCCCGGGUGUGCAACCUUCUCCACCUUUCAGGUUUACAAGCUCACUUUUCUUCUGCCCACUCACAGCCGCCUCUGUCACCAAGCGGAAGAGGGAUUUCACAAUAAAAGUCUUACUUUAGAUCCACGUGAAGUGCUCUUUCGGCGCGUGGGUGGGUGGGCGGGCGGGGGGAGGGGUCACGUGACAGAGCGCCGUCCCCCCGCCCCCGUGAAAGAAGCUCGCUGCACGUUGGCAUGAUGUUUGCAUGUGUGUUUGCACGCGUGUGCGCUUUUGGGGCCGGGAGGAGGAGGCGGGGCCGUCGCACCGCCACGCGAGCGCUGUGUUUACAUGUGAAUAAUAAUAAUAAUAUUAACGCUGGCGAUGAAUAUGAACAUUUCAAACGCACCGUGUUGCCAAUGAAAAGUUGAUGUGGUGAAACUCUCGUCUUCUUUGGCUCUUUUUGUACGUUUGUCAGGAAGUCUUGUAACGUUUGGAGGCCGCAUGGACACUCCUUACUGCCUCACUUCAUGGAACAAUAAACUCCUCAAACUGUC